AUGACUUCCUCCCGCCGGCCCACACACGAUCGCCCGAGCAGCAGUGAGACCUCAUCACUUGGUACGACGACCUGCAGUAAAGGCCAUGUGCAUCCUCCUUGGAACACGACUGGAGUACUACGGAUAGCGAAAUGUGAAUCCGUGUGUGGAUUUUGCCAGAAAGAGACGAAGACUGCUGCGAAUUUGAGGAAGCACGUUGCGAUACACAUCAAAAAUGAGGGCUUGAAUUUGAGUAUUGCGGAGGGAUCAAGUGGAAGAGGGAGAUUAGAAAUGCCCACCGCAACACUAGACCGCACAUCCCGCUCGACCUCAUCUUACCUCUCCUCACAGACGGACGACUCAGAUUCCAACUCUUUGGACACAGAAUCAAUGUCCUCUUACAAAAGGAGUUUCCUCCCACCAAACUCCUCUUCGUCGUCCCACCAAAGCCCCGACGCCUUCUCCCCUUCUGCAGUCCUCAUGUCCAUGGCAUCCACAACACGUGCAUCAUAUCCCUCCUACACGAUGUCCGCCUCCACAUCUCCUUUCCAAGGCUACACUCACGGCGCAACAUUCACCCACUCUCUGUCACACUCGCCUUCGCCAGCCCUAACACCAACCGCCUUCCCCUCCUCGUCAUCCACACCCUCUCUCCCACACAUCACCCACUCUAGCUCACAUUCACACACGCACUCAACACCCACACCCGAUCCCUUCCGUGCCCUCCGGGAGCAUCAUAUAAAUACCAAGUACGCCUGGACAGCCAUUCCCUCCAGCGAGGGCUUCCGGAUCCUCGACCUCUGCAAAUCGCUGUCCGUAUCUCGCGGCGAAGACCGAGUACCGUGCUAUAACCGCGAAACGAUCUUUGAUGAGGAGUGGCAGGCGCAUAUGAAAGAUGUGCAUGGGGUAUUUCUGCUAUGGCCCGAGACGUGGAUGAGGAGGAUUGAAGUGUUGGAUUUGGAUGCGUUUGGAGGGGAUAUCGGGGCUUGCAAUGAUGUUAUCAUGGACAGUUGA